AUGCAGCUGACAAGAUUCAGUGGACGGAAAAUUGGGGUUUACAGAAAGUCGAUUUUUGGAGGCAGGAGAAAUCAUAGCGCUUCUCUGUUGCGAGCUGAAGAUUUCGACGAUGAGUCAAACUUACUCAAGCAUUCUAUAGCUUCCAAUGAAAAACAUCAGUUAAUCUUGACUAUACUAAACUCUACAGCAACAAAACGUGAGGCACGGUCAUAUCUAUCCAAGUACAGACUUCUUGGAGAAAACGACAUCUACAAAAACAGACAAAGAAUCGUCAACCAAGAUCAGUCCGAUAGUAAUUCUCCUCUUGUCACAAACAAGCAGUACUCAAAGUACAUUGGAAAACUUUUGGAAAAACAUGUGGACCCUUUAUACAAUUACAACAAUAACAUCGAGCAAAACCCAAACGUGGAGGCUUACAAUCGGAGGUUACUCAAUUCGGAGUCUCCUGUGCUCAUGACAACCCCCACUUCCCCGAAAAAUCGAAUAAAUGAUGCCUCGAAUGAGAUCAAACUCACACAGACUAUUCGUGCUUGCAUUUUCAGAAUCCGGAAGCUUCAUAAAUGGGAUACUGAUACCGUGAAAAACUUAGCUGUUGUGUUAAGGAAGGCCAUGGGACUUGGGGCAAGCCCAGUGAUUAUCAUAGAUGGUGAUGUUAUUGAAGGUUACAAAGGAGAGCAGGUGAAGAAGGAGAUUGAGAAUUAUGUAGAUUCGAAGUUGGAAUCUUUUGUGGAAGGACUAGGCAACUUUCUACCCAAUCGGAUCAUCAAGGGAUGUUUCGACCUAGCAGAAAAUGGAGAUUUACAGACAAUUGUCCCGGAAAUGAUAGGGGUGCCAAUUUUUUCAGGUAUCAUACCUAUUGUGUCCCCAUUUGCUGUCAGAGAAGGCGUUCUGCAAGUUGUAAAGGGAUUCCCAACGACAAGGGCGACCGUUGAUUGCCUUGAAAGUUCCGAGAUGAAGGAAAUUCUGACCAUCGAAAAGGUGAUAUUUGUUGACGAAGUAGGUGGUUUCCCUAGUGUCGAGAGAUCCGAAGGUAGUCAUGUUUUGAUAAACUUAUUACAAGAAUUUGAUGAUAUCAAAAACGAGCUCCAGAAAGAACUUGAAUUGAGCGAAGAAGAAAGGGAGACCCAUCUGUCAAAUCUUAUGGAAAUGAGACAACUGCUCGACCUGUCUCCUGAUAUUACUGGGAUUUUGACAACCCCAGAGAUGGCGACCAGAGAAGAAGAGAAACAAGUCGGUAAAGAAACAAAUCCGAUCAUUUACAACAUUUUAACAGACCGUCCAACAAUUUCAUCUUCUUUACCUGUUUCGCUUCGUCGCACACCACAGCUAAAUACAACCGUUGUGAAGAAGGGAAUUUCAAUCUCAGUGUAUCAAUCAUCAGAUCCCUCCAAAGGUUUGGAUUUGCGAGCUAUGGAAAGAGAAGGGAAAGUAGAUUUGGCACAACUGAAGUACCUCAUAGACAACUCGUUUGGCAGAGACCUCAAUAUGGACCAUUACCUCAAUCGUAUCAAUGGCAAAAUUGCUGGUUUGAUUAUUGCCGGCGAUUACGAAGGAGGUGCUAUAAUCACAUGGGAAAACCUGGGCGAACGGAGCGUUGCCUAUUUGGAUAAAUUUGCAGUCAUCAAAAAGCUCCAAGGAAUCCCGGGCAUUGCUGAUGUUGUAUUCAAGGCGAUGUUGAAGAGUUUUGAGAAUGAGCUCCUAUGGAGAUCCCGGAAAAACAAUCCCGUCAACAAGUGGUAUUUUGAGAGAUCGAAAGCCAACUACUCCAUAGAUGGCACACAAUGGAGGUUGUUUUUCACAGGGAAACAGGAGUUGUCAGUUUCACUUCUCGCUGGAUAUAUCAAGGUUUGCAGCUCUAUCGAGCCAUCGUUUGAUAUUUAA